AUGGGGACUGGCAAAGUUGCCCUCCAGCUGUUCUUCACCUUGCACGUUGACAUCUUCGGAUUGGAGCUCGCACCGAGCCGCUAUGCGUUGGCGGCAUCUGCUCUUCGAGAGCUUUCGCGGGCAAGCGAACGCUUCACUUUUCAGGAGGCGGGAGACUCUACGGUAUUGCUGGACCACGACUACGGUGUGCGGUGCGAGUUUCGCUGUGCCUCCCUUUUGGAUACGCCCGUGGAGAUGCUACAGACGGCUUCUGCAGUUGUUAUGGAGGUCUGCUUGCCGCUUGAGGUGCAGCGAGAGGCCAGCAAUAGGCUCCAGAUGUGCCAGCCAGGCUGCCGCAUCGUUAGCUACUCGGCGAUUCAUGGCUUGGUCGGUCAGGACUGCCGCCUUGGACCCGUGAAAGCAGAGAGUGGACUGACUGGUGAUGGACGCGGAGGCAUCUCCCUCGCUGCAUCCUGGAAGCCAGUCGGUCAUGGCUUUGGCUUCUACGAGAUGGCCGCUUCAGCUGAAGAUGCUGCAGAUGCUUGGUCCCGGGCUACCACGAAGUUGAAGUCCGAAGAUGCCGUUCAGGUUGACGUGACCGGAUGCCCUUCUCGUGCCCGACGACUGCGCUACACUGAUGAUGUCUUGGCUGAUCCGGCCCUUGCAUAUCCUUGGGCUAAGGGAGACAAGGUCUUGAUUGGGUACUCUUGGCUGCCGUUCCCAGACCUCGGAGAGCCUGACGACGGCAGUGCGGGGGGGCUUGAUGGGGUGACCUGGAUGCCGGCAUAUGUGGUUUGUGUGUUCGAAGACAAUUUCGUGAAUGUUUGCUAUGAGGACGACGGUACCGUGGAGGAAAGGGUGCACCCUGACAGGAUACGAAUUCCAGGAAAGCGUCGCGAGGUGGAUGCGGUGACAUGCGUCAAAAUUGUCGACAGGGCAGGGGCGGCAGCCGGAUGGGAGGAGGCAAAUCGCCUCCGACCUGUUCAGACGGAUCCUGGAGGUGGAUCCAACACUUGCCACCGCCGGCUUGACUCCCACGUUGCUGUGGAACACGUUGUUGAAGGCUUACGAGCCUGCCAGGAUGGACCGGGCUUCUCUAAACGAGGAGGUGCUUGCAGAAAUCAUGCAGGCCUAUGUCCAAGCUGGACAGAUCUCCUCCAUCGAUUGGUGGCUGAGGUUUUGGAGGCUGCUGGAAGAAGCUGGAAGCCCGCAUGCAGCCGCAGCUUCGCUGCUCCUGCGCCAGCAUCAAGCCGAUGCAGUGCAGCAGGGCCGCAGGCACCUGCAGCAGUUCCUCCAGCGCCGGCCCAAGAUGGGCCGGGCUGCCGAGCUUGCACAAUUUCGACGAAUCAUUCAGGGCCUGGCUACGGGCCAUCGCAGUCUCGUGCCGUAUCAGGAGGUAUGGGAUAUCUUUCAGCAAUUGAUCUUCAGCUCCCUGCACUUACAGCCGGACCACUCGGUCUUCCAAAUCGUGAUCGAGGCUUUCGCGGACGCCAACGAUGCACAGGGCGUGCAGGAAUGGCUCUCGCGAGCCAGACUUGCCGGGUGCACCCCGCUGAAUUGGAAGCCUAUGGAUGCUUCGGAUGGAGCGUCGGAAGCUGCGAAGCGAAAGCGCCUGCAAGAGAUGGCUCGGCGCAGGAUGGAGCGAAGAAGGCAGUCUGCGACGGGAGAAAAAACGUCACUAAGAUGUUUCCAGUUACCAGUUUACCAAUCCGACUCGAAAAUGCCAUGGGGGAGAAAUCCAAGCGCCGGGCUGCGCGGCAGGAGGCGAUCAAGCCUGCGUGGGCUUUCUUCCUGGGGCUCGGUUCCGUUCUCAUCGUUUUCCAUUUUGUUUUCCGCGGCAAAGGCGGCCUGAGGCAGAAAGGAGCCCCCAGCCAGGCGCAGAUGGCUCGGGCCACCCUCGGUGCGGCACCACAUGCAGAAGGUGUCUCAGAAGUACCUCCGGGAUUCACGGCCAUGCAGGGCCCGACGGAGGCCGAGCUGAGGCAGUCGACCUACGUGUACAGCGACGCAGGCUCUGACUGUCCCGCCGAUUACCUGCACCUCGUGGAGCCCGAGGAAUGCGAAAUCGCAGCGGAGAUGCUGCACAAGAAGUUUCAGGACAUGGACCCCAAAGUGGAUACCGAAUUUCGCGGAUGCCAGUUUCGGGUUCCAGACAACGACGUGCACUUCAACUCCAAGGAGGGCUCGGGCAACCGCGACCGGAAGUCCAUCUGCCGGAAGCCGCCCGCAGCUGGUGCGCCCGCAGCCGCAGUCGAUGUCAAUCCUGUGCCAUCGCCACCACCUGUUCUGGCUGCCGUGGCCGCUGUCAGCCAAGCGGAGCCGACUGUGGCUGAAAGGAGCGCGGAUCAAAGAUACGUCAUGACCGAGACGGAGAGCAACGGCUGUCCUGCCGGACACACGGGUGUAGACAAAGAGGAGUGUGCGACAGCAGCCAAAAGCUUCGACAAGCCCUUCCUCGAGGAAGCUGGACCUGCCGAGCUGGAUCCGAGGGGAUGCAUCUUCCGGGUUCCAGACGGCGACGUCUAUUUUAACACGGAGCCCGAGGGUGCGCCGCACGAGUCGCGCAAGGUCAUUUGCCGGGCUCCCGGCGUGGCGGCGCCCCAGGUCACUCAAGCAACACCUGCCCCUCCUACGGCAGACUUUGUACUAGCAGAUGCUGGCUCUGAUGCUUGCCCCGCUGGCUACAACAAGGUGAUGACACCUGAGGACUGCCAAGCUGGAGCGAACGCCUUGGACAAAGCCUUUCAUGAGGCUUUCGAGGCAGAGUCGGACCCAACAGGCUGCAACUACCGGCUCACUGACCAAGAUGUCUACUUCAACCUGCACCUAACAGGAGCUCCCCACCACAGCCGACAGCCUGUUUGCCAGCGAGAUGAGGGUGCUGCGCAAAGUCCCGCAACGCCUGCCCCCGCAGCGAGCACCGAGCACAAGGACUCGGCCACAUCUGCUGCGGCCUCGGCCACCUCUGCUGCGACCUCGGCCAAAUUUGUCAUGGGUGAAGCCGACACCAACGAUUGCCCACCCGGCAGCAAACCUCUCGAGGAAUCUGAGGAGUGUGAGAUUGCGGCGAGCAACCUGGGAAAGACCUACAUUGGAGAGGGCAACCCUGCCGAGAUGGACCCCAAAGGAUGCCAGUUCAGAAUUCCGGACCAGGACAUGUACUGGAACACGCACGAUACAG